AUGCAGUUCCUCAACAUCCUCUGUCUUCUCCUCCCAGCAAGCAUCCUAGCUGCCGUUGCAGAGCCUUCAAUUUCGCCUGGAUUUUACAGAAUCAUUGAAAACUACCAUUCACUUUCCCCAAUCAUGAAUGAUACAGUCUCCAACAUUGAAUUUAAAAGGGUCAGCGACGCUCCCUAUCACAGAUGGUAUUUUGGAUUAGCCAAACCAUAUAACAGGGCAUACAUGAUUUCACAUGGAGGCAAAUAUAUCAAUGUUGAAAGCAAGCACAGUGCUGUCGCCUUCCUCUCAAAUACUUCAUGGACCUUCUUCCAGAUCUAUUAUUACAGCAAAGCCAUCUGGGUGAUUGAGCCGCUCAACCAACCAGCCGGCCAGCAAUUACAGCUUUCAGUCAACACAGACCCCAACAAUCACCAAAGGAGCGUCCUGCUGCUUAAGGAAGCCCUUUACAGUGCCGGCUUCAGCUUUAUUGCACCACAGAGCGAUUGA